CCCACCCCAAACCGAAAAGCUUCCACUUCCAGCUGCAGCGGGGCAUCACCAGUUCACCACCACGCUUUGACCUCCAGCCCAUUGCCCAAUCCCCCAAGCAUCCAUCCCCCACCUCCCCUCCCCUAUAAAUCUCCUACUCGGCCUCCGAUUCGCCACCUAAAGAAGGCGCCUUUCCCCAAAUCCACCACCGCGAAGGGAGGACACGCUCCUCGGACGGCGUUCCCGUUCCGGCCAGUCUACUCUAGUCAGCUCUCUUGCGGCCGCGAUGGAGGGCAGGGCCGGCGGCGGGGACUACAUUGCCAGCCUGCUGAGCUCGGCGCCGAGGCUCGACUUCGGCGUGCUCGGCUCCGUGCCGGCGAUGCUGGACGCCGCCGCGGCGGGCGGCGACGGCGGGGAGGACUGCCUGGAUAGGUUCUGCGGCGACCCCGGGUUCGCGGAGCGCGCGGCGCGGCUGUCCAGCUUCAGCGGGCAGCGCUUCGCCGGCGCCGGCGCCGCGGCCGGGCUCUUCGGGCUGCCGCCGCCGGCGCCCGCCGCGAGCAACGGCGAGUUCGCCGGCUCCCGGGAGGCGUCGUCGGUGUCCGACCCGGCGUCCGCGAUGAAGGACGCCAAUGCCAAGAAGAGGAAGGCGCCCGCGGCGGCCAAAGGCAAGGGCAAGGAGUCCUCUGCUCAGGCUGGGGACCAGAAGGAUCCGGACGCCAAGAGGUGCAAGACGGAGGGCGCCGAGGGGAAGAAGGAGGAGAGCCCCGUGAAGCCCAAGUCGGAGCAGGCCGGGAGCGACAGCUCCGUCGAGGACGGCGGGCAGAAGCCGGCGGGGAAGGGGAACAAUGCCAAGCCGGUGGAGCCCCCCAAGGACUACGUCCAUGUCCGGGCCAGGAGAGGGCAGGCCACUGACAGCCACAGCCUCGCCGAGAGGGUGAGAAGGGAGAGGAUCAGCCAGAGGAUGAAGGUUCUCCAGGACCUGGUGCCAGGAUGCAACAAGGUGAUUGGCAAGGCACUCAUGCUUGAUGAAAUCAUAAACUACGUGCAGUCACUGCAACGGCAAGUCGAGUUCCUCUCCAUGAAGCUUGCAACUGUGAAUCCACUCGACUUCAGUGACCUGCCUACCCUCCUGCAGAAGGAUAUGUUCCAAGCCUGUGGCCCUUCAGCAAGCUCAGUCUUCUCGCUGGAAAGCUCCAGCUCGGGGUUUCCCUUCAGCGACCAAGGUGACGUCUUCCAGUCGUUCGUCCCGAACGGCCUGGAGAACCAGUGCGGCCUGAACCCGCUGGACCUGGCCCUGUCCCAGGCCACCAACGCGCCGUACGCGUUUCAGGACGGGACGCCCAGCACAAACCUGCAGCAGAGGAACUUCUGGGAGGACGAUCUCCAGAGCGUCUUCCACAUCGACAACGGGCAGAGCCAGGAGAACGGCGGCGUCUCGGCGCAGAGCUUCCACGGUCAAUUACAAGCGGGCCACAUGAAAAUUGAGUUCUAAUCGCCACCACCGACCAACCAACCCGAGGGAGUGAUCUGUACAUAGCAGCAAGAACCUAAGAGCACUGCAGCAUCAGUGGCAGCGGCUGAUCGAGUGAAGCUCCGAGCUCUGAAGCUACUAGCUAACAGACAGUCUGUAUGUAGGCCCUCGUUUGUCAUGAUCCUGCCUGUAGGGCGAUGCGAUUCUUUUUUCUCGAUAUUUUACCAGCGAUUAAUGUCUCCAAGAAGAUUGAUUAGCAGUAACAGCAAUCACCGGAUAGUUAAUUUGUGUAUAAGAAUAUGGUGCGGAAUACUAUUGCUUACUUACUGGCACCAGGUUCCUAGUC